GACAAGUUUGGUGUACAACCGGUCGUUCCAGCGGAAAUUAAAGGACCUGAAAUUGGUUAUCCGGUUGAACCGGUGGCUCAACCGGUGAAUUCAAGAAUACGCCUACUGUACUGUCACAGAUUGUAGUACUGUCACUGUCAUACUGCCACUAUUUGUUGAUCGUUCGUGUUGAUGCUGCUGAAAAUCAUUAUUUGAAGCCAAAUCUACUCAGUUCGUCCGAGUUGUUUUAGUUCUUGGUGGUAGUGUUGAAAAUGCCUCCUGUAGAUGUUGAUAGUGCCUCCGUGGAGGCACAAAUGAGGAACUUAACAUUAUCAGGUCACGUAGGCUUUGAUAGCUUGCCUGACCAGUUGGUAUCAAAAAGUGUGCAAAUGGUUUUAUAUUUAACAUUAUGUGUAUAGGAGAAACUGGCUUGGGAAAAUCAACACUGAUGGAUUCACUGUUCAAUACAAACUUUGAAUCAUCACCCAGUCCCCAUACAUUACCUACAGUUAAACUAAAAGCACAUACCUAUGAAUUGCAGGAAAGCAAUGUGAGGUUAAAGUUAACAAUAGUUGACACUGUUGGGUAUGGAGACCAAAUCAACAAGGAAGAUAGUUUCAAGGCAGUUGUUGAUUACAUUGAUGCUCAGUUUGAAAAUUAUCUACAAGAGGAACUGAAAAUCAAAAGAUCACUUUCUGCAUAUCAUGAUUCUAGAGUCCAUGUUUGCCUUUAUUUUAUUUGUCCAACUGGACAUGGCUUGAAGUCUAUUGAUCUUGUAUGCAUGAAGAAGCUAGACCAGAAGGUCAACAUCAUUCCCAUCAUUGCAAAAGCAGACACAAUCUCCAAGACUGAACUGCAGAAAUUCAAGUCCAAGAUUGUAGCAGAGCUACAAAACAAUGGUGUUUCGGUAUAUCAGUUUCCUGUAGAUGAUGAAUCUGUGUCUGAAGUUAAUGCAUCUAUGAAUGCCCACAUUCCAUUUGCUGUCGUUGGCAGCACAGAUUUUGUGAGGGUUGGAAAUAAAACAGUGAGAGCAAGGCAGUAUCCCUGGGGGACUGUACAGGUGGAAAAUGAAUCGCAUUGCGAUUUUGUAAAAUUGAGAGAAAUGCUGAUUCGCACAAACAUGGAGGAUAUGCGGGAAAAGACUCAUUGUAAGCAUUAUGAACUUUACAGGAAAAAACGGUUGGAACAAAUGGGAUUCAGUGAUGUGGAUGCUGACAAUAAACCUGUCAGCUUUCAACAAACAUUUGAGACAAAGAGGUCUAAUCACCUUCAAGAAUUACAACAGAAAGAAGAUGAAAUGAGACAGAUGUUUGUUGUGAGGGUGAAAGAGAAGGAGGCAGAAUUAAAAGAAGCUGAAAAAGAGUUACACGCCAAAUUUGAGAAGUUGAAAAAGGACCAUACGGAAGAAAGAAAAAAGAUUGAAGAAGCUCGCAAAAAAUUAGAAGAUGAAAUUGUUGAAUUCAAUAGACGUAAAGCACAGUAUCAACAGAUGGGUCAGAGUCAUCACACAUUGACUUUGGGAAAAAGUAAGAAAAAGUAAUGUAUGCUCUUUGUAUAUUAACACUGCGUGUAUGUGCUUAAUAUUUUUUUAUUUUUACCACUGGACUAAAAAUCUCUGAUUAAGUAAUUAGAAAAAUGCGUAUAACUGACGAAGUUCUAGAUAAAAUGGAAUACAUAGAACAUAACUUAAGUUAAGGAAUCGUGGGUUAUUGAUAAUUCUAUUUUCUGACUACAGAGUCAUGAAGUGAAUAUAUAUAUAUAUAUAUAUAUUUUGUUGAAGUGCCUCUUUAGUUUUUGUUUGCUGUUUGCUGAUAUCAUCUGUUGUGGAACUGAUGGACUCAAUUUACCAUGUAUGUUUCUUGCAUCUAUUAAAAUUUAGUUUAUGGAAGGCAUGUUAUGUUAGGCAAUGGAGCCACUUGUUUUUAUUCAAAAAAUAAUGUUUUGAUUGGCAAUAAAGUGAUGCAGCGUUUUGAGGUGACAUGUGGCAAAUGCUGUUUCAUUAGGAUUUGGGUCUUCAUCAAUCGAUUAAUUGAUCCUUGAUUAAUCAAUUUGCAAUACGUUUUUAUUCCAAGGUUGCUAAAAAUGAAUCACGGACACUAACAAACUCGCCUGACAUUAUUGACUUCUUGUAAAUUUACAAAUAGAGGAUGGAUGCAAAGUGCCAUUUCUUACGUAUCACCAAAACUAACAAUGUCUUUUUUAUAUCUUUAUAAUUGAAUUUUGAUUAAUAUAUUGUUCUUUUACUUUUUUCCUUUCUCGUUAUUUAAAUUUUGUACAUAUAGUUGACUGGGGCGCUUAGUACGUAAAGUCGCUUAACUAACGUUUCCAUUUUUGAGGUGGCGGAUUCAAAAUCAUGUAUCAGAAUAUAUCCAACAAAAUCGCAGCUCGUGGUUAGGAGUUAUAGGAUCAAUCUUUGAAUAACAGCAAUUUGGUAUUCUGAACAUAGUUCCAAACUAUCCAAUAUAUUAACAAAUAAAAACAAGUAUAUAUCGGUUAUACUCAAUUAUGGUAUGAUGAGGAAGUUGAACUUUGAAAAUGAUCCUGAGCUAUCUGGCAUCACUGUUGGGGCUUGAACUCCCACAUCCCUUGCCUUCUAGAUUGACACUCUAAUCAUUUUAAUAGAAUUUUAUACUUAUAUAUUUAUAUUAUACUCGAAUGCACCAUAGAAUAAAGUUAAUAUCUAAUUCGUCGCCAUUGCAGUCGUUAUCUGAACUACUUACAACAUAGGAAAGAAUAAGCAGCCUAUCUCUCAGACAUUCCCAUAUAAAAUUACUUCUUACGAAAUUUGACCUUGGCGGCGCAAUUAUGGAUUACAAGUCAGGGUUAGAAUAACUAGUCUGCUGAAUAAGGUUCCAUAAUAUAUAUUUUUAAACUAACUCUUGAAACGUAUCAUGUAGUUUGUCAGUGAAGCCGAAUUGUACUAAUAAUAUGAUUUUAUUUAUCAUAAAUCACAAAUUUUAGUGAAAUUAGUGAAAAAGCAAUAAACACAUGUGGUUUCAUUGAGUGGCCAGAUAAUCAUGGAGUUACAUGUUACAUUAAGAGAUGGGUUUUCGGAUUAAAUUACCCUGUCCACAGGAGAAAACCAUGCUACUUUGUUACAAAGGCACUAUUUUAGUAAUUUAACUACGAUUAUGGCAUUUGUAUUAGAAACAAGGCGACGGCCGAUGGCGUCACUACCUCUUUGUCGUUUUUGAUGGAUUGUAAUCCAGAAUCACAGCAUGCGCGACCACAUGCAUAGACGGUUCCCACCAACUCGAAAUAUUUUGCUGAUUGUUUCCUAUGUUGUGACUUAUACUCUCAGCCUCAUAGCUGAUUUCAAGGCAUUAAUGAUUAUUUAAUCAGAGAUUAUGACUCAUUAACAUUUCCAUUUUUCAAAGCUAUUGGUGUCUAGUGCAGCACAUUUUUCAUAGCUUGCUAGCAGCCAACAAUUUUCUGCACCUUGACUUGCAUCCUGCUAGAUAUUUGUGGAAGUGGGCAUAUAUUUGAUUCUGAUGAUAACGUAUUAAAAUGUAUAUCUGUUUUGUAGGGCUACAUUCUAAAUUUUUAUGAAGAACAUGGAAAAAGUUGUAUAACAUCAUUAGAAAUCUCUUAGUGUUAUAUGGUUAUGUCAAAGCAUAACUUUUUACAUAUGCGUAUAUUUAUAGAUAUAUAUGUAAGUAUUUAAAUGUGACAAUUUUAAUUAAGUACCAAAGCUAUAUUUGACAAGAUGAUUGUGUUUAUGUAUUUUUUAUUUAAUUAAUAUACGCUUUUUGUAAUGUAA